ACACACACACACAGAGCUGAGCUGGGAGGACUGAGAGGAGGCACACACAUCCACACCGCGCUCAUAGAGAGAAAGAGAGAGAAAGAGAGAGCAGGUUAGAGACACUGCUUUUCUAAUCCUGCAUUUAUCGUGAAUUCACUGCACUGAGCUUUAAAGUGUGCUCGCGCCGAGAGUGGCGUGCAGGAGGCAGUACCUGAGCGCGCGCGCGAACACACUCUCUUCUACACAUCCCUCUUCUACAGCCACAGUGAAGCUGAGCAUCUUCCAGAUCCAGCAUCAGCUGAGAGAGCUGCUCUCCUCUCUUCUUCACACCACUGAAGAGUGGACAAAAGUUUCUCCAAGGCUAGGAGUCACUGGAAACAUGAUGGCAGAGUCCCUCGAAUCUCUGAUGUGUUAGAGCAUCCCCUGAGCCCCCUACAACCCCUGCCCGUUCCUUCUGGGCUUCCUAAGAACAGCAGAAUGGAUGAGCAGAGAUGCACACUUCCACCCCCCCUCAAAACAGAGGAAGACUACAUUCCAUAUCCAGGUGUUCAUGAGGUGCUGUCUCGGAAAGCCCCCUUUCCCUUAAUUCUGCUGCCUCAGUUUGGAGGUUAUUGGAUUGAAGGCACCAAUCAUGACCUCAGUUCGACCCCUGCUCCUGAGGAGCCACCUCCAUGCCCAGCAUCACAGAUUAAACUGGAGACAAACAGCACAGCAAAGAUCUACAGAAAAGACUUCAUGGGCAAGGAGCACUUUAAUUAUUACUCUAUGGACACCGCACUGGGCCACCUCGUCUUCUCUGUGAAGUAUGACGUGAUCGGGGACCAAGAGCACCUGCGUUUAAUGCUCAGGUCAAAGUACAAAACCUACCAUGAUGUGAUACCUAUUUCCUGUCUCACUGAGUUUCCCAACGUGGUGCAGAUGGCAAAGCUGGUGUGUGAAGAAGUGAAUGUGGACAGAUUUUACCCUGUACUCUACCCAAAGGCCUCCAGACUCAUUGUAACAUUUGAUGAACAUGUCAUAAGCAACAAGUUCAAGUUUGGGGUCAUCUAUCAGAAGUUUGGACAGACAUCAGAAGAGGAGCUUUUUGGAAACAGUGUGGAGAGUCCCGCCUUCGUUGAGUUCCUGGAGUUUUUAGGGCAGAAGAUUGAACUGCAUGAUUUUAAAGGGUUUCGAGGAGGCCUCGAUGUCACACACGGUCAAACUGGAAGUGAGUCGGUGUACCACAACUUCCACAACAAAGAAAUCAUGUUCCACGUUUCCACUAAACUUCCCUACACUGAAGGAGACUCACAGCAGCUCCAGAGGAAAAGGCAUAUAGGAAAUGAUAUUGUGGCUAUCGUGUUUCAAGAGGAAAACACACCGUUUGUCCCAGAUAUGAUCGCGUCCAAUUUCCUGCAUGCUUAUGCGGUGGUGCAAGUGGAAAACGCCUGCACAGACAACGUCCUGUACAAGGUGUCAGUGACAGCGAGAGAUGACGUGCCUUUCUUCGGGCCUGCUCUCCCAGACCCAGCUGUAUUCAAAAAGAGCCCAGAAUUUCAUGAGUUCCUCCUGACAAAACUCAUCAAUGCUGAGUAUUCCUGCUAUAAGGCUGAGAAGUUUGCCAAGUUGGAGGAGAGAACACGCUCUGCACUGCUGGAAACUCUGUACGAGGAGCUGCAUGUGAACAGCCAGUGCAUGAUGGGAUUGGGAGGAGAUGAUGAUAAGCUGGAGAACGGAGGUGGAGGAGGAGGAGGCUUUUUUGAGUCUUUUAAGAGAGUAAUUCGCAGUAGGAGUCAGUCUAUGGACGCUAUGGGCCUGAGCAAUAAGAAGCCUCACACUGUCUCGACCAGCCACAGUGGCAGCUUUACCCACAAUCCCCCAGACACACCCAAAACGCCGGGAAUUUCUUUGAUCAUACCCGGUAAGAGCCCAACCCGGAAGAAAUCAGGCCCGUUCAGCUCCAGACGAAGCAGCGCCAUCGGUAUUGAGAACAUCCAGGAGGUCCAGGAGAGAAGUAGGGAGGUGUCUCCCAGCACACAGAAAACACCCGACAGUGGCCACGCCUCACAGGACCCCAGAUCUGAUAACUCCUCCAAUCACAGCUCACCUGAGAUGCCCACCACCAGGACUAGCUCGGCUGUGUGUAGAGCACCCUCCAUCCCAGAGACUCAUGACCUGUCUCGUUCCUCGUCCAACGCCAGCAGCUUUACCAGUGUAGUAGAGGAAAACGAGCAUGAACAAGAAGCUACAGAGGACUACGACACAGGACUGGAGAGCCUGUCUUCUGCCGGGACUCCUCACAAACGAGACUCACUAACAUACAGUGCUGGCUGGCUGGAGGAGAGCAUUAACAGCACUGGCCAAGGCAGCCCAGUCCCCACUCGACCGACGUCUGACCCUGUUCGACCCAAAACAGAGAGACAGCACUCUGCGUCGAACUGUUAGGCUCUUCUCACAGAUUAUUUCAUGGAUGUCCAUCAGAAGCAUUCCCAUAAGCAGCUCCCCCUAGUGGAGACUCAGUGGCUCCUCCAGAGACUCGGUGGAGAAGGAUGAUCGCUUCAGCUGAUUUCUGAUCUUCAGAGAAACGCAGCCCACGACUGAGCCUGUGUGGCCUGGAAUUCCUCAUCUAUCCCUGUUUUGAGGACACGCACAUUUUUGUCUCUUUUGGCUAUGGGUGGUUAAAGAGGAGGUAUUUUAAGCAGAUGCCCCGACACCCUGGAAACAAUGUGAUGUGUGAAGCCACACUUCUCUAUGGGAUGCAUCUCCAACAGUCAUUUGUCUGCCAGUUUUACCAGCAGAGGGUUUAUAAGGCUUUGUGGCCUUCAUCAUAGGCUGUGUGCAACCAACCAACCAACCAACCUCCCAUUCCUCCUUCUCUUUCUCCCUUUCUCUUGGUUCUGUUGUCUUGUUUGUUUGUUUCUCGGUGUGUCUGUGUGUGAGAGCUACUUAUUUAUUUAUUUAUUGAUGAUCACACCAGAACACAGACAAGGCGAACCACAAAAAAGCUUCAGAAAAAGAGAAGCCAGAACUCAACAGUUUUUUUUCCCUCUUUGUGCACCAGAACACAUAAGCGUGAACUUGCACAUGCAUACAUACAUAUGCACAGCAGCACUGUAACACACAUUUACAUGCAGUUUCUCUCGUUUUUUUUUUUCUUUCUUUCUUUUCUUUAUUGUUUUAUUUUUUUAUUCAGGUCAGCUGUAAAAAGUUAGUUUUUUAUGUUUGUCAGUUAUGAGUAAUGAUGUUGGUAAGUGGAUAUUGAUAAAUGUUGUGUUGUUAUUGUUAACUCUUCUGCUGCUGGUGUUGACCACGCAAGCCAUUUCGCCUGUAAGCAGAUCUCGUCGAAUGGACCGACUCGUGGAGGAAUUUUAUUGGGAUUCUUUUUAUUUAUUUAUUUGUACACUUUUUCCAUUUCUCCAAGUAUCGGUGAGGGUUCUUCUGAUGCUCGUUUCAUGACUCUGACGAUUCUUUGCUGCCGUCUGCUGGAAAUGUUUUUUUUUAACCAAUGGUUUAUGGUUAAUAAUCUUGUUGAAAUGUAUUUUUGCAUUGGGGAAGAUGUUUUAAGCUUUCAUGUGUUGGUUCUAGCGAGCACAACUAGUUGCACAAUUUAGGGUCGUGAUGAACGGUGAGUUUUUUUUUUUUUUGCCUCUCAGCAUUGUUUUGCAGAACGUAUUCACUGUGCUGUCGACUGUGAACUGUCCUGAAGUUGCCUUCUACAGCUUUACCUGCUCUGUGUGAACUCCAUCUGUGUCCUGCAGAGGUGAACAUUAAGCUAUUUGAAUGUAAAUCCUGGAGGUGGCUGGGUACUUCUCUGCUAUCUGAUAAUGGGAACAGACAAAACAAACAAGAAAAUAAACUCUGUUUUUUUUUUUCCAUAUUUCCUAGGAAGAAUGAGAGAUUCUAAUCUGCUUUCCUUUUGGCACACUCUCUCACUGUUUAACUGACUCAAACUUUUUUAUUUUAUCUUUCUUUUUUUUUUUAACCAACCAGUUUUGUUUAGCUUGUGGGACAUUUUUCAUGUUUUAAAUUAUAUAAUUUCAGGUUUUCCUCAAUUUUAUGACUAAACAACUGGAUCUGCAGCAGGUUUUUGGAAGAAUUUAAAAUUAAGAAAAGCACUGAUUGGUGCACUGUUGGUGCUUUGUCAUCGCAGUUUGAGAAGAAAUGUCAAAAAACAGAAAAAAAAAAACUGCAUUUUGCUGCCUCCUUUAAAGUGAUGUCAAAUAAGAGAAAAGUGUGCCCUCCAGUGGUAGGGACCUGUUAGUACACCCUUUCACUUUGUCAUUUGUCUGACUGUUGUUUAUAGUACACUAGCACAUCCUGCUGAAGGUGACAUCUAAAUUCAGAAUGCAGAAAUUCAUCAUUUCAUGUCGACCGGAUAUUGCUUAAUCAAACCGAUUGAUUGUACUUACUGUGUUCUCUCUGACAGUUCAUGCUUUGUGUGGUACUUGUAUAAAAGACUUGCGUGUAAAUAAAGUGGCCCCACACAAAACCCUUUUUUUUGUAUGUAAAAUAACAGAAAUCACAUUUCACAAAGAUGCACAUUGAUUUAUUGAUUUCUGCCGUGUAAAAUAAAAAAGGUUCUGUGUUA